AUGGCAGAGGACUACCCGUCGCCCGAGCACGGGGCCGACACCAUCGCGGGGCAGAUGGACAUGUCGAGCGAGCUGGCCAACCAGGCGGCGGCCGAGGCAGCCGUCGCCGCGGCCGUCGGCGCGAUCGCGAGCCAGCCCGAGGCGAACGCGCAGGCCGGCCCAUCGCACCACCACUCGGCGAGCCCGGACCCGCGUCUCCCGCAGCCGGGGCAGGGCCCGCCCCCGCCGCCAGCGUACCAGCGCCAGCCGCGCGCCGGCGGCUCGUCAGCCCCGACGCCGCUGCCGUUCCAGUUCGGCCCGCCCCACCGCCAGGCGCCAGACUCGCACCUGUCCAACUCGCAGCAGCUGGUUGUGCUGCGCGAGUUCUACGCGCGUAACCCCAACCCGUCGAAGAAGGACCUCGAGAUGCUCGCUGAGAAGACGGGCCGGCCGUGGACGAAAAUUAGGGAGUACUUCCGCCAGCGACGUAACAAGCUCCGCGGACUGGUCGACCUCGAGGAGAUGGAGGAGCCAGGGAGAGCGACUGGGUGGCUGCAAGUCACGUACCGACCUGGCCCCGCCACAUCGACCGUAUCCCAGCUUAACCUGUACAACGCGUACAAGACGCGGUUCGACCCGUACGCGUCGGUGUCGCCGCUGCUCGGAGGCCAAGAGCUCAUCCAGCUCGCAUGUGCCACGUUCCCAGGGUGCGAGAUGGCGCGCGACGACGGCGACUACGUCGUGCGCGGGCUGCGGGACAAGGACGGCGUGCUGCCCGACAGCGAGUGGGACCGGGGGCUCGACUCGCUCGUGGAGCCGCUACGCGGGUCGACGUGGCUGCUGAGCAGCUUCCAGCACCCAGCUGACGCGUCCGCGCCAGCGUCCAUCGCCCAGACGGAGCUAUACACUGCCUAUGCGGCGCGCUUCGGCACGCUCCCAGCCGAGGCGGAGGCGAGCGCCGAGCCGGCGCAGCCAGAGGACGAGUUUGAGGCAAGCAUGCGCGACGCCAAGCUCGAGGCCGAGAUGGACGACAUCAACUCGUUCCUGCCGCCCGCGCCGGCGGACAACGACGAGAGCGACGAAGCGGGCGGCACGGGCACGGGCGGCGCGACGCCCGCCGGCGAGGUGCCGCGCGAGAACCGCCUCCUCAACCCCGUCGAGCUGAUCAACCUCACGCGCAUGGCGUUCCCGAAGUGCGAGCCGGCGGUGGACGACGACGGGCGGUUCGUCAUUCGCGGGCUGGAGCGGCGCGAGGGGGAGGAGAAGGGGCGCGGUGUGCGCUCGCUCGACAUGUUUCCGUUCGCGCUGGCAGCAGGCCCCAAGCCCUCCGACCCUACGCACCCCUUCACGUCGGUCAUCAAGCGCAAGCUCGCGCUGCUCACCCCCGAGCCGGACACGCCGUCCAAGCGCCGCACGUACGGCGACGGCAGCGUGCUCAACGGUGUCGGGUCAGGCAUCGGCGUGAACAUUGGCGUUGGUGUGCCCGUCGGCGUGGCGGCGACGGCGGCGGCCGCUGCCGACGAGGACCUCGCCGAGUCGGACCGCGAGCUGCUGGAUGGCCUGAGACGGUUCCGCAACUCGAAGCUUGGCAAGGAGGUGCGGGAUACGUGUGUGCAGCAGUAGCGCGCCACGAGCACACGCGGAGCGUGUGCGAGUGUGCGUCCUUCGAGCCCGAUACCCAUCUCCCAGACCCCUGCCACCCUCUCCUAGACCCCCC